GCGGAGAAUUGGAGAAUAAGAAACAGCAGAGAAGUCGCAAUCCCGUCGAAUGUUAAACAAAAUCCAAUUCUUGACCCAUUUUUGCUUUUCCCCUAAUCACAGCCAUCGGAAAUAUCUCAACAGAGAGAGGGUUUUGUGAUUUUGCUGUUGUUGAUAUGGGUUCCGAGUCCGAUUACCGUGGUGAAGGGGUGAUCCUGGGGGUGGACGGUGGCACCACUUCCACCGUCUGCGUGUGCAUGCCGCUCCUCCCCUUCUCCGAUCACCGUCAGCUUCCCGAACCCCUCCCCAUUCUCGGCCGAGCGGUCGCUGGUUGCUCCAAUUACAAUAGCGUCGGAGAAAAUGCAGCCAGAGAAACACUAGAACAAGUUAUGGCGGAAGCACUUUUGAAAGCUGGCAUGAGUCAUUCAGCUGUUCGGGCUGUUUGUUUAGGUGUUUCUGGUGUCAAUCAUCCCACUGAUCAGGAAAUGAUAUUGAAUUGGAUAAGGGACAUAUUCCCAGGUAAUGUAAAGAUACGUGUCGAGAAUGAUGCAGUGGCAGCCCUUGCGAGUGGGACCAUGGGGAAACUUCAUGGCUGUGUUCUGAUUGCUGGUACUGGGUGCAUAUCUUAUGGUUUUAGAGAAGAUGGAAGGGAAGCUCGUGCUGCUGGUGCAGGACCUGUACUAGGUGACUGGGGCAGUGGUUACGGAAUUGCUGCUCAGGGAUUGACAGCCGUUGUUAGGGCUCAUGAUGGCCGUGGUCCAAAGACAAUGCUUACAAAUUGUGUUCUCAAGUCACUCAAUCUUUCUUCUCCAGAUGAAAUAAUAGGGUGGACCUAUGCAGAUUCAUCUUGGGCAAGGAUUGCUGCACUGGUUCCUGUGGUGGUAUCCUGUGCAGAAGCUGGUGAUCAAAUUGCCAUUGAUAUCUUGAAUAAUGCUGUUCAAGAAUUGGCUAUGAGUGUGAAAGCUGUAGUUCAACGACUACAGUUGGCCGGAGAAGAUGGAAAUGGUUCUUUCCCUGUUGUGGUGGUUGGUGGUGUCCUCGAAGCUAACAAGAGAUGGGAUAUUGGGAAAGAAGUUAUUAACUCUAUUUUGAAGACUUACCCAGGGGCUUCUCCUAUAAGACCGAAGGUGGAGCCUGCCAUUGGAGCUGCUUUGUUUGCCUGGAAUUCCCUGGCGAAAGAAGCAACAGAAAAUGGCCACUGAUAACCUGAAAUGUAAAGAUGUCAACUCUAUAACUAAAGGAGAUCACCCAGCUAUACUCAUUUGUCCUCGGUUAAGUCGAUAUUCUUUAGCAAUUUUAUCCCAGCAGUCAAUUGUAAAUAUGCAAUCUUUAAAGUUAUCAAUAUUUCUCUAGUGGCUGCUAUAGCCUGACUAGUCCUUAUUCUGAUUAUGACAUGUUGAUUAGGAAAAGAAUGGUCUAAGCUAUCACAGCUGAUUUUAUUGAUGAGAACACACAUUUUCAAAUGUGGUGAAUGCUCCAUGUGUUUGCUAAUCUUAUUGUAAUUGACUUGGCUUUGAUGUUCAUACUAAACAGCACGUGGAGAGAAAAAGGAUAGAGAAUUUUGUUUCUUGUUAUGUUCUUCUUUCAUAUGGUCUGGUCCCUAGUCAUGAAGAACAGUUAGAAACUGAGUGAUGUACAGAAUGAAACGUGCAAAGGCGAAGAAAUAAAGGUCUUAAAUGUUCUUGGAUUGGAGCCGAGAAUGUAGGAGGAAAAAGAGCUCAACUUGUACAUUCAGAAACAGAGCCUUAAAUGACUUGAUUUUUUCCAAAAGAGUAGUCUCAAAAUUGUGAUUGA